AGAUGCAGCAAGAGACAGAAUUGAACUUUUGAGGACAUUACAUUAACAAAAAUCCAGCAAAUUAUUUGCAAUAAUGACCCUGUCAAUGUUGAAAAUCUAGUUAGCUUGGUGUAAUAAUGCAACUGUCUGCUCAGUCCAGGUCAGCAGACAACAAAAUGAGUUUCCCAGACAAUUGAAUGAAUGUGUAGCCAUGCUGUAGCACAAUUUUGCUGCAAUGACAUCAGUGCGGACCUAACAGAUAGAUAAACUGUUUAUUAUUAGCCCUGGUGGGUAUAACCCCAGGGUUUAAAAUGAGUCAUUUCCCAGCCAAGCCAAUGGGAACAGAAGCCAGCGAUGCAAUUAUACAAUGAAACAUGGGCCCCAGGAGUGCCCUGAUCUACGUAAACACGGUCAGCAAGGGAGGAAAAAGACACUUGCCCAGUUUUGUAGAUGGGAUGAACUACUUUACAAAGUGAUUAAUUUUACUGUUUGCAUUUGUGCUCUCUUUUGAAAGAUUAAUCGUUGUUGCAUAACCACUCAAUUGCAGCCACUAAGGAAGGGCUUAGAAUUUUGCAUGGAAAAAAUAAAGUUCCCGUGAUGUUCUAAAGAAGCCCAGACCCUGAAAUCGUUGAACUUUUUCCUUUAUCAACCUGGAUGUUCAACCUGCAUGACAAGUUUAUCAAAUGAGAAGACAUGUGAGUGGAGGGCUCUAGCAAUACUCAUGGUGCUACUCUGCCCAAGACAGAAACAAAUUUGCUGCAGUUUGUGGAUGUCGGGGAAAGAUCCCAAUCCCCAAAAAGAAAAGAGGCAAAGAGUAAAAGAUAUGAGAGUAAAUUAAGGACAGAGAAAAACUUAUAAAUAACACAAAGAUUUUAAAGUGGGGGGAAAAAAGAGCAAUCAGUGGGGUCUAUACCAUGACUAGGUUUUUAUGUAAUCCAAUUGAAUACAAGACACAUUCCCACACACACAGACAUGAACAAAAAUACACAUCCACUUGGCUACAAAUGGGGCUGGGUAAGGCAUCGAGGUCAAAGUGGAUGAGGAGAACAGACAGAGAGGGAGAGGCUGAGACACAUACGUACACAGAGAGUUCAGUUGAGCCUGGGAAAAUAAGCCCAGGACCAAAUAAGUAACUGCAGUGGGAGGCUGACUGGUGGAGCCAGAGCCACUUAGUGCUCAGUGUGCUCAUAGGGGAUGAGACUAUUCGACAGAGACGGAGAGAGACACGGUGAAAGUCUGACAGCUGGAAAAUGGAGGAAAAAUGAGCAAGAUGAAUGGAAAGAAGUGAAGUGUGUUACAGGGGAGCUCGUUAAGCACAUCAAAAUAGAAACAUGUCAGUGAAUACUAAAAAGAACUUGUGACGUUUCAGACAUUAGACACUCCAUUUGGCCAGCAUGUUGCUCUCUCUCAGUCUCACAGAAAGGGAGAAGAAGAUAAGAUAAAAGAUGUGCAUGUGCUUUUAAAAUAGAAGACUUCCACAGCUCCAGCAGGACCUGUAGAAACUAUAUCAACAAGAUAGGAAAGAGAAAAAAAACGAGUGAGGGCGAUAGAGUGAUACAGAGAGAGAGCGAGAGCGAGAGAGCCGAAAAGUGGUUGUGGCCAUAAGGUUACAAAUUCGAGAGGGAGAAAGAGAGAGCUCCACUCGACACUGGAAAUUGAAAGAGAAAGACAGAGGGAUUUUUGAAAUGUAUGCCUCGAGCAAAGUACCAAAGCAACUCGACUGGGAACUCCACUGAACGGCCACGUGGGACGACAACUUCAGCAGGACUACAACUUAAGCUUGAGACUGAUAUCAGGAAGAGUGGCAGCUUCAAAAACCACCACAGACACAGGCUGUCUGUUACGGUUUGAACAAAAUAUAUUGGAAACCCAGCAAAGCCUGUAAGUGAUUCACAACUGAACCUGUGUGGUCUUUGAAACCCUCUGCGCCUACGAUGUAGCAGCCCAUCAGAAAGCACCAGCCUUUAGAAACACUUCAACGGGACACUUAAAAAAAAAAAAAAGUCUUGUGUUUUAUGUUUGACAAACAACGCUUAAAGUUGACAUUUCAGUUACUCUGUUACUGUGAGACUGUUUACCUUUAGUAGAGUCAUAAAUUCAGACAAAUUUACAAGCAGAAGUGAUGACCAAGAUAAAUUUGGUACACUUUCACUGCAGUAUGAGAUCACCUUUGUGAAGAAAGUUCAUAGUAUCAGUCAUGAGGAAGAGUAAUAACAUCCUUUUCGCCAGCGUUUAGUUUCCUGGAGGUUUUUCAGGAAUUACGUGCUCCUGAAGUAAAGCAAACUGAUGCUGUUGCAUGAGAGGACAUUUCGGGGAAAACUGAAGGAGGAGGAGUAAAUAUUGACAUUCACAGCUAGUAAAGUCUCGUAUACCACUUCUGUUACACCUUCCUCUUGAGACUUAACUGCAAGGAUGUUCAAAUUGCUCUUCUGCAUCUGAAACCCAGUUCUCAAAAUAAAGAACUACCAGAACUACUGGGAAACCUGUAUGUGUACAACCUGAUAUUUACAGAGCGCCAUCAGUAGAUCUGUGGUCCUAAAGAAGAAAAAGGAAGGGGAGCAUCGCGUUUGGCAUCUUUUGGCCAGAUAAGUAAUUACUGGCACUGCUUUUUAAUAUCAGUUCUGAGCAACUUUUAAGUUGUGGAGAGACAGAAAGAGGAAACAUCAUCACCGGACUGUGAGAAUACUGAGAGAUCAUGCUGAGAGGCCUGUUUGAGAGGAAACCUAAACAUGAGAGGCUGCAGGAGGAACCUGAAGUCAGAUUUAGAGGAUUGCUGGUGACAGAGAGUGUCCUGGGAUAUCGAUACAUCCCACCUGGAGGCUCCGACUACUCUCCCCCUCCCCCUCUUCCUCGACCUCCUCCACCUGGCCUGACCAAUGAGCACAGUGGUGGCACUAGCCAUGGCGACCGUGGUGGAGGAGGGGGUGGUGUCAACCAUGGAGUGGGCGUGGUUGGUCUGGCUCCAGAGCACAUCCCCACACCGGGGGCAGCCCUGAGCUGGCAGGCGGCGAUCGAUGCCGCGCGGCAGGCGAAGAUGAUGGGUAAUGCCGCAUCGGGUGGAGGGGCGGGGCUUGGGUCCGGAGGGCGAGGGCCCAUCUCCACUGCCAGCUCCACGCAACGGAAGAGACAGCACUAUACCGCCAAACCCAAGAAACAAACCACAACGACAGCCACAAGGCCGCCACGGGCUCUACUCUGCCUCACACUCAAGAAUCCUAUCCGCAGGGCCUGCAUCAGCAUCGUAGAGUGGAAACCAUUUGAGAUCAUUAUCCUGAUGACAAUUUUUGCCAACUGUGUGGCCUUAGCUGUCUACAUCCCCUUUCCCGAGGAUGACUCGAACGCCACCAACUCCAACUUGGAGCGUGUGGAGUAUCUGUUCCUCAUCAUUUUCACGGUGGAGGCGUUCCUGAAGGUAAUAGCCUACGGCCUGCUCUUCCACCCCAACGCCUACCUGAGGAACGGCUGGAAUCUGCUAGACUUCAUCAUUGUAGUUGUAGGGUUAUUCAGUGCAAUCUUGGAGCAGGCCACAAAAGGGGACGGGGCUACUCCUAUUGGAGGGAAAGCAGCGGGCUUUGAUGUCAAGGCUCUGAGGGCAUUCAGAGUACUCAGACCCCUCAGACUGGUCUCUGGAGUACCGAGUUUACAGGUAGUGUUGAACUCCAUAAUCAAAGCCAUGGUUCCUCUGCUCCAUAUCGCCCUGCUGGUCCUCUUCGUCAUCAUCAUCUAUGCCAUCAUCGGUCUGGAGCUCUUCAUGGGCAAGAUGCACAAGACCUGCGUUCAUAACCUAACAGGCACUAUCGCAGAGGAAAAGCCAGCACCGUGUGCACCUGAUGGAGCUUAUGGUCGACAUUGCACGCAGAAUGGAACACAGUGCAGAGUGGGGUGGGAGGGCCCAAACGACGGCAUCACAAACUUCGACAACUUUGCCUUUGCCAUGUUAACGGUGUUCCAGUGUAUAACCAUGGAAGGCUGGACGGACGUGCUGUACUGGAUGCAGGAUGCUAUGGGCUAUGAGCUGCCAUGGGUCUAUUUUGUCUCUCUUGUCAUCUUCGGCUCUUUUUUCGUUCUCAAUCUCGUUCUGGGAGUGUUGAGCGGAGAGUUUUCCAAGGAGAGAGAGAAGGCCAAGGCACGCGGUGACUUCCAGAAACUCAGAGAAAAACAGCAACUGGAGGAAGACCUCAAGGGCUAUUUAGACUGGAUCACUCAAGCUGAAGACAUUGACCCAGAGAAUGAAGAGGAGGGCAUGGACGAUGAGAAACCCAGAAAUCGUGAGUUGAGCAUGCCAGCCAGCGAGAAUGAAUCAGUCAACACAGACAAUGCCCCCGGGGGAGACGUAGAGGGUGAGACCUGCUGUACCCGCCUGGCAAUUAGGAUCUCCAAAUCCAAGUUCAGCCGCUACUCCCGGAGGUGGAACAGGCUGUGUCGAAGGAAAUGCCGGGCAGCAGUCAAAUCACAAGUUUUCUAUUGGCUGGUCAUUUUCCUGGUUUUCCUCAACACUCUGACCAUUUCCUCUGAACAUCACCAGCAGCCUCAGUGGCUAACUGAUGUACAAGACAUAGCCAAUAAGGUUUUGCUAGCACUCUUUACUGGUGAGAUGCUGUUGAAGAUGUACAGUCUGGGCCUGCAGGCCUACUUUGUUUCACUCUUCAAUCGGUUCGACAGCUUCGUAGUAUGCGGAGGGAUCCUUGAAACCAUUCUGGUGGAAACAAAAAUCAUGUCUCCUCUUGGCAUCUCUGUGUUACGUUGUGUACGCUUACUCCGAAUCUUCAAAAUAACCAGAUAUUGGAACUCUUUGUCCAACCUGGUGGCAUCCCUGCUGAACUCUGUCCGCUCCAUCGCUUCCCUGCUGCUCCUGCUCUUCCUCUUCAUCAUCAUCUUCUCCCUGCUGGGCAUGCAGCUGUUUGGGGGAAAAUUCAACUUUGACGAGACCCGACGAAGCACGUUUGACAACUUCCCCCAGUCUCUGCUCACUGUGUUUCAGAUCCUGACCGGAGAGGACUGGAACUCUGUGAUGUAUGAUGGUAUCAUGGCGUACGGUGGUCCAGCUUUUCCUGGCAUGCUAGUUUGCAUCUACUUCAUCAUCCUCUUCAUCUGUGGAAACUAUAUCCUGCUGAAUGUCUUCUUGGCCAUUGCUGUAGACAAUCUGGCAGACGCCGAGAGCUUGACAUCAGCCCAGAAAGAGGAAGAGGAGGAGAAGGAGAGGAAAAAACUGGCCAGGCUUGGCAGUCCAGAGAAGCGUCAUGAAAAUGAGAAGCCGCCUCUGGAGGAAGAGAAGAAGGAGAAAAUAGAGCUGAAGUCCAUUACUUCUGAUGGGGAGACCAACACUGCUACAAAGAUUAACAUGGAUGACUGCUGUGGGGAUGAGAGCGAAGAGAAGAAUCCAUAUCCCGCCAAUGAUUAUAUAGGAGAUGACGACGACGAUGAGCCAGAGAUGCCUGUGGGCCCGAGGCCACGGCCCCUCUCUGACAUUCAGCUGAAGGAAAAGGCUGUCCCCAUGCCUGAGGCCCGAGCUUUCUUUAUCUUCAGCCACACCAACAAGUUCAGGGUUCUCUGCCAUAAGGUCGUCAACCACAACAUCUUCACCAACCUCAUCCUCUUCUUCAUCCUGCUCAGCAGCAUCAGUCUAGCGGCAGAAGACCCUGUCAAAAAUGACUCCUUCAGAAAUAAGAUCCUGGGCUAUGCAGAUCAUGUGUUUACUGGACUCUUCACCAUUGAGAUCAUUCUUAAGAUGACAGCCUAUGGCGCCUUCCUCCACAAAGGUUCUUUCUGUAGAAACUAUUUUAACAUCCUGGACUUGGUGGUGGUCAGCGUGUCCCUCAUCUCCUCUGGAAUACAGUCCAGCGCAAUUAAUGUUGUAAAAAUCCUGAGAGUUCUGCGAGUGCUUAGACCACUGAGGGCCAUCAACAGAGCCAAAGGACUAAAGCAUGUAGUGCAGUGCGUGUUUGUGGCCAUCAGGACUAUUGGCAACAUCGUCAUCGUCACCACGUUACUCCAGUUCAUGUUCGCCUGUAUUGGAGUGCAACUCUUUAAGGGAAAGUUCUUCUUCUGUACCGACAGCUCUAAGCAGACUCAGGCAGAGUGCAGAGGUUCUUUCAUCACGUAUAAAGACGGGGAUGUGGGGAAGCCUGACAAAGCCCCAAGAGUGUGGCAGAACAGUGACUUUAACUUCGAUGAUGUUCUACAAGGCAUGAUGGCGCUGUUUGCCGUGUCUACCUUCGAGGGAUGGCCAGGGUUACUGUACCGAGCCAUUGACUCUCAUGCUGAGGAUGUGGGGCCCAUUUACAACUACCGCGUGGUCAUUUCCAUCUUCUUUAUCAUCUACAUCAUCAUCAUUGCCUUCUUCAUGAUGAACAUUUUCGUCGGUUUCGUCAUCGUCACAUUCCAGGAACAAGGGGAGCAGGAAUAUAAGAACUGCGAGCUGGACAAAAACCAGCGUCAGUGCGUGGAGUACGCUCUAAAGGCUCGUCCGCUGCGUCGCUACAUCCCAAAGAACCCUUACCAGUACAAGGUGUGGUAUGUGGUCAACUCCACCUACUUUGAGUAUUUGAUGUUCACACUCAUCCUUCUCAACACCAUCUGUCUGGCCAUGCAGCAUCAUGGACAGACCAAAAAUUUCAAUGAUGCCAUGAACAUCCUCAACAUGCUCUUCACAGGACUUUUCACUGUUGAGAUGAUCCUUAAACUGAUCGCCUUCAAACCCAGGGGGUACUUUAGUGAUCCCUGGAAUGUGUUUGAUUUCCUCAUCGUAAUUGGCAGCAUAAUAGACGUCAUUCUCAGUGAAAUCAACCCGGCUGACUCCUCCUCGUCCUCGUCCUCGUCCUCUUCGUCCUCCUCUUCCUCCUCUUCCUCCUCUCACCCCCCUGUGGUAAGGCCAAUGGGACUGCAGAACUCUGAAGAGAACGCCAGGAUCUCCAUCACCUUCUUCCGGCUGUUCCGCGUGAUGAGGCUGGUGAAGCUGCUGUCUCGCGGGGAAGGGAUUCGGACCCUGCUGUGGACCUUCAUCAAAUCCUUCCAAGCUCUGCCCUACGUAGCUCUGCUUAUAGUGAUGCUGUUCUUCAUAUACGCCGUCAUUGGCAUGCAGAUGUUUGGUAAGAUAGCUCUGCGGGACCACACGCAAAUCAACAGGAACAACAAUUUCCAGACAUUCCCUCAGGCGGUGCUGCUGCUCUUCAGAUGUGCAACAGGUGAGGCGUGGCAGGAGAUCAUGCUGGCGUGUAAGACCAAUCAGCCAUGUGAGAAAGGAUCAACCAAUGAAAGCAGCUUGUCCAAUGAGGACUGCGGCAGCCAUUUUGCCAUCAUUUAUUUUGUCAGCUUCUACAUGCUCUGUGCCUUCCUGAUCAUCAACUUGUUUGUGGCCGUCAUCAUGGACAACUUUGACUACCUGACGCGUGACUGGUCGAUCCUGGGGCCACAUCAUCUUGACGAGUUCAAGAGGAUCUGGGCUGAAUACGACCCAGAAGCUAAGGGGAGAAUAAAACAUCUUGAUGUGGUGACUCUGCUCAGAAGAAUCCAGCCUCCCCUCGGGUUUGGAAAGCUCUGUCCACACAGGGUGGCUUGCAAGCGUCUGGUGUCGAUGAACAUGCCUCUGAACAGCGAUGGAACAGUGAUGUUCAACGCCACACUGUUUGCUCUGGUCAGAACCGCACUCAGGAUAAAGACAGAAGGGAACUUGGAGCAGGCCAAUGAGGAACUGAGGGCAAUAGUGAAGAAGAUAUGGAAGAGAACCAGUAUGAAGCUCUUGGAUCAAGUAGUGCCCCCUGCUGGUGAUGACGAGGUAACAGUCGGGAAAUUCUACGCCACCUUCCUCAUCCAGGAAUAUUUCCGCAAGUUUAAGAAAAGGAAAGAACAAGGGCUGGUGGCCAAGGUGCCCCCCAAAACUGCACUCUCUCUGCAGGCGGGCCUGCGGACAUUGCACGACAUCGGUCCGGAGAUUAGGAGAGCCAUCUCCGGAGACCUAAAUGUGGAGGAGGAGCUGGAUAAAGGCGUAAAGGAGCCUGUGUCAGCGGCGUCUGAGGACGAUAUCUUCAGGGUAAAGCGCACAGGAGGGUUGUUUGGCAACCAUGUCAACUACUACAACCAGAGCGAUGGCCGUGGGUCCUUCCCGCAGUCUUUCACUACCCAGCGUCCCUUGCACAUCAGCCAAAAAGGGUCACCUUGUGAAGGCGAGAGCCCGUCUCAUGAGAAGCUCAUGGAUUCAACUACUUUCACCCCUUCCUCUUACUCCUCAUCAGACUCUAACGCCAACAUCAACAAUGCCAACAACACAGGCAUGGCCGGGGUGGCAACCCAGGGCAUCAGCCGAUUCCCGAGCCCAUCUAUAAGCACUGUGGAUGGGCACACCGGGCAGCCACUCACCCCCAUCCUGCUGCCAAGAUCCGCGUGGUGCUUUCCUCCAAAGAGGACGUGUUUUUAUGACAGCCUCAUGCGCUCAGACUCGUGUGACAGUCAUCUGCCAAUCAUCCGAAGAGGGGAGGGGUCAACAGAGGAGACAUACGACGAGAGCUAUGUUGAAGACAGGGUGUACCAUGAGGAUGACCACUCGCUCUCGUCUGACAUGCUGGUGUAUCACGAUGAGACUUGUAAGCAGUUGACUCCCAUGGAGGAAGCAGAGGAAGUCGAGGACAGAAGAGGAGGAGGAGGAGGGUGGCAGUCUCCUAGGAGAGUCUUCCUCUGUCCCACUUCUCUGGGGCGGAGAUCAUCCUUCCAUCUGGAGUGUCUCCGGAGACAGUCGAGGCCAGACGUCUCUCAGAAGACGGCUGUACCUUUACAUCUUGUACAUCAUCAGGCUCUGGCUGUAGCAGGGUUGAGUCCUCUGCUAAGACGGAGUCACUCACCGACCCUCUUCAGUCGGCUGUGCUCCACACCUCCAGCAAGUCCCACAGCUCAAUGCAGUGAUGCCUCCUACCAGCGAGUUCCCUCUCUGAGGCUAGAGGGCUCCAACUCCCAUGAAAAGCUCAAUACCAGCUUACCCUCUGUCAACUGUGGCCCAUGGUACAAUGACAGUAAUGGGAAUAGCCCGGUGCCCAGUCCUAGCCCCACCCCUAGCAUGCCAGCGUCCAGUCAAAGGGCACCGAGGCCAGUGUCGCUCACUGUGCCGUCUCUGUUGGGGAAAGACUCCAGCUCGCUGUCUCACGGCAGCGCAGGCAGUCUAGUGGAGGCGGUCCUAAUAUCAGAGGGCUUGGGUCAUUUUGCCCAGGACCCCUCGUUCAUUGAGGCAACCAAAGCGGAGCUGGCUGAUGCCUGCGACAUGACCAUCGAGGAGAUGGAGCACGCCGCCAACAACAUUCUCAACGGCAACUCGCCCACAAACGCCACAUCCAGCACCUCCUCCACCUCUCAGCACAGCCCUAACGGCAACGUCCUCCCCUUCCACACAACAGCAGCAGCAGCAGCAGCAUCAACGCACAGGGACCGAGUGGUCGGCUUGAGUCCUGGUGAAGGUGGGGGAGAAGCCACAGGAAGCAGAGGCUCCAUACACGGUCCCUCCUCUAUAGAGGAGCGGCAGGAGCUGCUAGCCAGAGAGAGAGGACAAGAAGAAGAGGAGGAGGAAGAAGAGGAGGAGGAGGAGGCAGGAGGGAGGGAAGAGGGGCACUACAGAGGCUCGCUUGUGAUCGGAGGAGCACGACAGAGGAACAGCGGGCUGUUGGAGGACGAGGAUAUGGAGUGUGUGACAAGCUUAUAGGAGUCAAGUUAAUUGGUUCGAUCGACGAACUGGCCCCUCUGACAUCAUCAGAGACUGAUGCUUGUCAGGUGCUGCUUACAGCACCGCGGCUGGCUCUGUCUGUCCCCACCCUUCACAUACACACACACACACACACAUACAAACACACUCUGUCGCUCUGGAGAGUGGCGGCCAGUGAUGCAACCUUAAACACCUGGUUAUGACUCUGUUAGUCUAUGAGUUAGUAUAUGGAUGGAUGUUUGCUGUAAAAGCGAUAUACUCUACGAGCGUGUGCUUACGCGCGUUUGUCAGUGUGACCUAGAAUUUUUUUCUAUCUGUGCGCGCGUGUGCGUGUGUUCUCCACACGUGUCUGAGUGUGUCUCUAAAGUGCCUCACAGUUUUAUCAUGUCCUCAAAGUGUUAAGCGCAGAAAAGUAGACACAAGCAAAAAAGACAAAGAGAAGUAUGACUGAAGGAAGGUAGACAAGAAACAACACAGCCAGGAAGUCCUUCCUAUGGAUCUCCUGCAGACAACAUAGUGUGUUUAAUGUUUUCAUUUCCUACGCCUACUUUGUGUUGUUGUUGUUGUUGUUUGUCUGGCCGCCAUGACACCAGGUAGGGGACAGCAGACCAGCUUUUGAAAGGGGUCAGUUUGGAUUACAGUCUGACCACACCCACUUGAGGUCAAAGGUCAACUCCUCCUCUUUGGUUCACUGAUGAUGAAGCGCUGUAUUGAGUAAAACAGGGAUGAAAAAAAGCCCUGUUUGAAAUCUCAUUUCUCCUCCUCUUCCAAAGCUAAGGAACCAUGGAGCACAGCCCUGCCAGCCUGGAGGUGGGAUUGAGGUGACACACCACCUCCAGCCAACGGGGGGAAGGAUUUGAGGGAUGGUCCAACAGCCCCAAUAAGGCUGCCAUAGGGAUGGGGGGCCCAGGCAGAGGAAGACACUCUCUGGCCAACAGGAAGCUAGCCAGCUCUUUUUCUUUUUUUCCACCGCUGGUCAGGAAAACUCCAGCGAGAGACAAACUUGAAUCGUCUGUCAACGUGAUCUGGCUCCGCCUCCUCCACCGCUUUUCCUCGUUUGGCCACACCCACUUGCUGCCCCGAACAGGAGGAGCACUGGGUGGCUAGGCAGAGACAGCGAGCCCCCCCUUUCUGCCUCAUACCUCGCCGUUCCUCACUCCUUCCUCCCUCCUUCCUCCCUCCUCUUUGGUUACUUCACCAUCGCUGAGUCUUUUUGCUUUGUCAGCCCUCGGGGAGGCGUGCGUUUGUCGAACGCGGCAACAGAGAUGGCGGGGUGCGCGGGAGAACGGGAGUGAGCGAUUGAAAUGAAAAACAGACUCUGCCGUCAAUCAAAGACACUUCCUUCUCCAGGACCCUCCUCUUCCUCUCAGCGUGGAAUCCUACUGGAUUUGCUGCCACACACGAUUUCUACAGACCACGCCCACUAUGUAUUUAACAGUUCAAUAUUGUGCAAAACUGGCUAGCCAUGACUAUUUUUGUUUUAUAUUCAUGAUGUUAUUGGUUUAAUUUAUCCUUGAUUUGUUUGCACAAUCGGGGUGCUGGUCUUAUAAAUGUAUUUUUGCUCGGUUUAUUUUAGGAGAAUUUUAAGAGGUUUUAAGUAACGAAGCAGGGCGUAGUGUUUGUGUGCGAGUGCAUAACUAUAUUUGUGCGUGCGGAUGUGUGUCUGCGUUUUAGUACAGGAUGUAUGAAUGCGUGAGAUAGAGUGUGUAUCUUUAAAAAAAGGGGGGCAGGGGGGGUCUUUCUCUCUAUCAGUAUGCACCUUUUACAGAUUGUAUCUAUUUAUUUAUUUAUUUUUUUCCCAGAAGAGAAAAAAUGUGUGCGUGUGUGUGUGUGUGUUUGACUGAUUUACUUGUGUAUUCUAAAAGCUGAUUUUAAGCCUAGACGGUAAAUUAAGGUAGCAUUACAAGUAUGGUCUUGUUUGUGUGUAUGUACGUGAGGGUGUGUGUGUGUGGGUACGUGCGCGUAUGUGUGAUAAUGGGCCUCCUUAACACAGGGUUACCAUGGACAGGCAUGCUUCCAAAGCUUUGUGAUUUUGUUAGCAAGAUUUUUACUUUUUAGCCAAGCUGCAGACUCAGAAGCUGCUCUGUCUUCAACAACUAGUUUUUGCAUAACUUUUCUUUAUUUCCCCACUCAGAGGUACUUAACUGUAAGGUCUCCAGCAAGGUCAGAGUGAAUUAUAGAUCUUUCAGGCAUUGCAGUUUUUCCAGACGGUAAGAAGCCUUUUGGCAAGUUGCUGUUUUUCUUAAUCAUGGCGGUUGUUGCUCUGAAUUUUAGAAAGCCCCCUUAUUCAUAGCGGCACAGUGACAACUCGUAAAGGAACUCAGAGUGGGGAUGGUCCCCCGCGUAUCACACAUUACACGACCGUUUGAGUUUAAACUCCAAAUUAACUUUUAGGGCUGGUGUACAGAUGCUGCAAGACUUCUGAAUCACACGUCUUUAUAUGAGGCUCGUAUCAUAAAAUGUAUUUUUUUAUCAGGGAUGGUUUCACAGAUAAAACCGACUUCCUGUUUGUGAUAUUUAUGAUUUACUGGUAAAAACAGUUUGCUGAAAAAUUAGCAUACAAGCAGGAAAUUUUACUGAUAAUUAUAAGAUGAUAAUUGUUUGGUUAACAUGAUAAAUUAUUAGAUAGAAAUCACAAAGCUUACAUUUUGGAUGGAAAUUGUAUCCUAAGCUACUUUUUUUCUUUAUAAGUAGCCUGAAAUUUUUUGAUGGAUCGUUCUUUUUUAACUCGUUCCUUGGGUAUAGUUUGAAUACACUGAAAGUACGACCACUGCAAGGUAUUUCAUUCAAGCCUCAGCAUUUUACACAGGGCACAGGUCUCACUUCGGUACUGUACCGUCUCCAAAAGCAUUCCUGACAUCAAAAUCACCUCAUUGGUACCAACUGCCACAUGUAUUAUUAUCAUUAUUAUUAUUUCUACAAUUUAAUAGUAUUUAAAAGUGAAAUCGAUAAAUAUGCAGAAUGUGUGCAGGUAAGGAAUAAAAGGGGAACAGAUUCAUGAAAUUCACUCUUAAAAAUUUCAGAAUCAGAGAAACUUUAUUAAUCCAAGAGGGAAAUUGAGUCCCAGAGGGACAAAGAUGAAGCUUAUUAUCAGUUUUAUUUUCCAAAAACUAGGCAUCUUCCACCUACACUGUAAGUCCCUUAAAUACAGGUCGCCAAUGGCCUAGCAGAUGGGUUCUCAAAUAGGGAGAAACCUAAUUGGUGUUAACAGCACUUUCAAAAAGCAAAGUACACUAGGAGAAUACCAAAAGUCACCGAACAGUGCAUCUUCAUGUUUUGGUUAUGACAUUAAUGAGUCAUUUUAAACCUAAAUCACAAGUUUCUCUAGUUAAUUCCAAGAAAAAUUUGAAUACACUGCAAAAGCCUUUGCCAUUUCAAGUCAUCAGUGAUGUUGAACGACCACCUAGAGACACUCGUAUGUCUUAACUUACGGCCAUUCGUUUCUCUUUAAUUUACCAUUAAGGACUUACUGUCAAGCUCUAAUUCCUUCAUGUUAAGCAGAGCAGCUUUGUGGCAGGGAAGGGGGGUAUGCAUGGACACACUGCCAUACACUGCGUCCUGUGCCAGUACCAGACUUCUGACAUUAUUAUGCAAACUAAAUGUGAAUGUUGAGUAUGUUCUAGUGGCAGUGAUGAUGUUGUUUUGUGGUUAUGACACUGCAAACUCUGAAAAAGUCUGUUUUGUCAAAAGGAAUUAACCCUCCUAACUUAUCCCCCCCCCAAAAAAAACAAAAACAUUUGCCUUCAUAAAGAUACUGUCAACAUUUUUUUUUUUUUUUGAAUUAUUGUAAAAGCACCUCUUAAAAAAUAAUAAUUUUCUGGCAUAAGCUGACAGGACCCUUUGGUGGCUGGUUUUGGUAUAAGCUGCAGAUCUGGGUAAAGUCAAGGAUGUUAAUACCUGAAAAGUAGCACCAAUCUUUGUUCAGUUCGUCAAGUUGAAGUUUAGUUAACCCUGAGUUUAUGGUUCUAGCUGUGCUGCUGCAGUGGAGCCAUCAGCUUUCUACUAUUACUAUUGCUAUUUUAUCAGCUAAUAUAUCAACAGCCAUGAAUGUGGAAACCAGUAGUGAAUGACAGUAUUGCCUGAAAUUGUUCAACCAAGACACAUUUAGGAUAGGAACAUUUCCACAAGGUUGCAGAGCAGAUUAUAAACAGUCCAGGACCAUCUCCAGCUGAUAAAUAAUUCACUUUACUUUUGUGUUCCUUAUAAAUUUUAACAUAUAGAUAAAUACACAAAGUAACCCUGGAAAUCCGAAGUACCAUCCAGGCUUGGUGAGUGUGAUUUCAGAAUCAAGAGAGCUGUGGUGCCCCCGUGUGGAGUGGAGCAGCAUUGCCGUUUUUAUGUCCCACAUAGAAUAGCACGAGACGUUGUGUUGCAGUGUAACGGUAUGAGUGGGUGUAAUCCUGCAACCCACAAGAUAUGCAAAAACAAUGCAAUAACUAUGACUGUAUACAAGGAUCCUGAAGUAAAUAUGUUUGUGAAAGUGAAGAAAAAAACAACAACACAGUAUCAUGAAGCUGUAUUAUUUUCUGUUUGUUAUGUUUUUAAGUCACAUUGGUGGUUUCCAUGCCAGAAAACCUAACAUACUUGAAAUCAGGUACAUUGCAGUGCGGUAUAGUGCAGAUGUAUUUAUUUUUCAUUCUCGUCGCAGGGUGCAUGUUCUUUUUUGUUUUUGUUUUGUUUUUUGAGGCAGUGACCUGAAGGUCAGUGUUUUCCUCGUGAAUUAACAAGCAGUCAGUGGAGACCCAACAAAAGCGACUGACCAUAUUUCCCCAGGUUGCUACUUUCUGACUGUGUUGCUUAUUUCCCCCUUUUUUUCUUUUCUUUUUUUUUUUUUUUUUUUUUAAGAACUAAGCUUCUUGGGUGUAAACAUUGCAUGAGGUUCACGUGUUGACAUUUUGAGCGUUCCGGGUUUUGCAGUUGUUUUGUUUGAUUCAGGUUAAAUAUGACUAUUUAGUGUACAUAAAAUGAUUAAAAGCAGUAUUUCUUCUUCAGAACUGACUGGACAGCGGUUGAAGAGUCCACGGAAGGUGAUUUUGCAUAUCUUGUGUCUUAUGUGCUUUUAGUUUAGUUUUCUGAUGCAUAACCCUGAGGAGGACAGCGAGAUGAUAUUUAAGAACAGACAAAUGAUAAAGUUUAAUAUUUUUCCUCUCGAAUUCAGUAAAUAAGGCUUUGUGUUACCAUAUUACUUUUAAAUUGAUUACUGGGACAGACUUUGAUUUAAAUCCAGGUUGAGGAUAGACAGGCAGGAGUUACACAGCAUAUAUUCAAAUGUUUCUACUCUAUAGGAUGAUAUUCUAACACUUUUACUAUUCAGUGCCAGUCACAAAUAAUUUACUAGGCUUUUAUCAUGCUGCAGGUCAUAUAAACACUCAUCAUCAUGAGUAAAAUUCCGUUCUGUAUCGGUCAAAUUUUUGUGUAUCAGCUCAAAUGGAAAAAAAUCUUAUACAAAACCUGCAAACAAAUCUACUAUAAAGACUGGUGUGUAGCUGUGCUGUAAACAGUCAGUGUGUAAUAUGGUAUUGGUACCAACCUGCAGUGAGGGCCCCUUUGAACAGAGCUGACUGAUUAUCAGGAAAAGCUCAGGUAUAAUCAUUUGCUUUGAUGGGGACCUAAUAUGCUUUUUCAUAUUCCUGUCAGCUAUAUACUGUUACAAUAUCCUCAUAUUUAAAGCUUCAAAUAGCGUAUGUACGAGUAUUCCGUGUGAGCCAAAAGCUAAAACUUCUGACUGAUCUAAAUAAUUUUUUUUUCAGAUGUUGGCUCUACAUAAAUAUACAUAUGCAUAAAUUAUCCCAAAAUGGUAAUUUCGGGCACAUAUCUUUGGCCAUAAGCACAAAAGCUCUGCCCACCUGUGCUUGGAACCUUAGAAAUUUGCCUUAAAGGGAGUUGAAAUGUUUAAAGUUGCUUGUUUCAACUCAUUUCACUUAUAUUUAUAUAGUGCUUAAUCACAGCAGCAGCCACAUCAAAGAGUUGUAUCUUCUAAAAUGAAAGGUUAAUGACCCCUGAGCAAGCACUUGGCGAUAGUAGGAAGGAAAAACUUCCUUUCAACAGGAAGAAACCUCAGAUAAUAGAUGAACAGAGAGGCAGCACUAAAGCGCAGUGUAAAGUAAAUAAGAAUUAUUUUAAAACGUAAAUCAUGCUAAGCUACUCUGGUAACAUCUGAGAAUAAUUAAGCAAGCAUAAUGGAUCCCCUUUAGUCAUGGCUCAUUUCAGUUUGUGGUAAACGUGCACCAAACGUGCGUCUGUGAAGCUCUUAUCAUUUAUUAGCCACAUCUUCCACCUUGAAUCCACUACGUGUGAGGGGGUCUUUUUGUAUACUUGUGCUCUCUUUUCCCACAUAGACAGUUGGCAGCGGGUUUAUCAGGCUGAUAAGCUGCAGCCGUCCUGGAUCUCCACCUGCAGCCAGUUAAACUGUAAACAAAGCCCCUCUGCCACAAAGGGUGCAGUUCAAAUGGAAGUAAUUUCCUCAAGUGAAAGCAGAGCUGGAGAGGGGAACGGCUUAGUCCCUGACAGAUGGGUGACAAUCUAUUCAGCGGUCGACGACAAUGGGAAGACGUGGGCGUUUGGCCUGAGAAUGUUGAAUGCAGAGAUUAUUUCAUCAUGUUUGGAUUUCUGGAGGGUGAUCUGACAUGGUGGAUUAUACAAUACAUUUAAGUAAUGUUCAAUGUGCAUAGGGAUAUAAAAUAUUGGUCCUAUAUAAAUGAUGAUAUCUUUUGUCUCACCACUAGCCAAUGAUUGUAUAUUUUUAUAUACCACAUAUAGCAAAAUAUUUAUGAACAUAUGAUAUUUAAUCGCCAGAAUGUUAGAUUAAGGAACAGGAAGGACACUUAUUAUAUUGGAAAUGUUCUAUAUAGGCUUGCUGACAGGAGGUCAGUAUGAAUUCCCACUUUAAUGUAUUUUUUAAGCAAAAGGAAGCAGCGGGAAAUAAGUAAGCGCCGAAAAAGAAAACUGAAUGUUUAAGGUAUGGACGUUUAUGGAUGUUUCAUAAUAGACCGUGGAGCUUUUCAGCUUAAUGCCCACAUCCUGAGCUGUUGAGGAAGAUUCGGAAAGGUUGCUUCACAAUCAGCUACACCACAGGAAAGCAAUCCAUCGCCCCUGCUUGUGACUCCAAAAAUAAAAGGCUCAAGACCCCAACUUUAAGCAGCAGACAGAUCUUUUGCUCGUGUUUGUUUUUGUGUUUUGGCCAGAGGUCUGAAACGUCCUACCAGCAACCUGUAAGUGCAGGUCAGAGUCUGGUUAUUACUCCUACUGUAGCACUGAGAGACGUGUCUCUCUUCAAGUAGUCCUACAUCAGCAAAACAUAUACACACUGUACAUUUUUAAAAGACCUAACCAAAAAUGGCACCUACCAAGCACUAGAUAUCUUUAUGGGGUUUUUUGAGCCGUUUAAAUCGUGUAGCCUCUUUUCUUUUUCUUCUUUUACUUCCAAAAGAAGAUAUUGGAGGACUUGAACUACGUGUGUGUAGAGUCAUUUAUUCAUCUGCGUUGUGUGCAGAGUAGGAAGUCAAGUAGUUUUGUGCCUGGCGAACUAAUUCGAUAAGAUCUUUUGUCUGCAUUUACAGUAAAAGCUCCAGACUCCAGUGCAGCAAUUUGACCGUUUAUUUCAAAGAACGCAAAAUGAAAUUCAUGGUUUUCCCAUAUUUAUUCACCAACAAUGUUAUCUGUUGGAUUUAGCCUGGAAAUACAAACAUGGUCACUGCUUCAUGAAAUCUUGACACUGAGGAGCCACAAAAGGAUGACAAGACUGAUUUUUAUCGUUACGGAGAAAAGCUGCUGUACAUUGAGAAAUUUUUAAUCUGUUCAGUAUUUAAAAAAUGAAAAUAAAGAAACAAAAAAAUAGCAUUUUACACACUUUUUAAAAGUAUUAGAGUUGUGUGUUUAUCCUUAACUUUGCCAGUUCGGAGAGUGUGAGGCUGGAGAGCAGAAGUCUUGUAAUCUUUCCCCGUCUCAGUCACUCAGAUCUCCUCACGUGGAUCUAUCAUUGUUGCAGCAGAUGCAUAUUAUAUUUUCUUGUAAAUCAAAGCGUUUGUUGAUCACUGUUUGAUGCCGACAAAGAUAUUUUAAGAUGACUAUUUUGAAUAUAAAUUGUAUUUUAUUUUCCAGGUACAAUUAUAAUAGCCAGCUGUCGUAGGAGUAGAAUUAAAAUCAUCAAGAGAAUCACCUCAGAUGUUAUUUUGACUUCGAUGCUAAUGAACGCUUUGGGAAAGAGGGCAGAAACGGAAAGAGGGAACAUAUUGUUACAUGCAACUUUGUACUGCAUGUCUUCUAUUUUAGAUAUUAAAUGAUAGGAAUAUUAUAGCUAUAUUAUAUGAUAUUAAAUGACUGUUAGGGGCAGGUUGUUGCAGCUUGUGGGAUGGAUGAAAGACUCUGGUUUUAUUUAAAGAAACACCCUGAUCAGGUUUCAGGUGCCAUUCUGUGAGUUUAUUUAUUCAAAAAAAAGAGAGAGAGAGACUAAUUUUGUGUGAAGAUUUACCUUCAUCUGUUUGUUGCUCGUGCAAAGACGUGAUCUUACGAAGAAACAUCACAGGUCGGUAAGGAAAUGCAGUGGGGCAGAGGUGCAUUUCAUUCACUCCUUGAUGGACUAAAUGCGAUCAAGGACACGCAGCCUGUUUAAAACUACAAAUUUGGAUUACAUGAUCAUUACACGUUGUAUUUAAUCUGUUUGGCUCAAUGAAACCAAUACAUCUUCAACAAAGUAGAAGUGAUUGAUUUAGCUUUAAGUAAGUGAUCACUGCUGAGUUUCAUAGCCAGCUCUUUGCAUAUUAAGCAGCACCCAAACAGCUGAUUUUAUUCAUUUUUCCCCUCAUAGCACCACGUUAAGUCAUCAAAUAUUGGUGGCGACUUUUUUCCAGGGCUGCUAAGCUCAUAGCUGAACCUGAUAGAUGAAAUUUGCUUGCCCAGUGGGUUUAGGAAUAAUGUAUAGACUAGAAUUCACUCAUCGUAUAGCGGCACCUACAACAGCACCUUUUAUGUGAAUAUUUAGUAUGACUGUUUCGUCAGGACCUCACAGGCCUUGUGUGUUAUCCCCCAUUCAUUCCAAAUCACAGAGAGCCCUGCCUGGCACUGAGUUUUGACACUAAGAUCGAGUCUUUCUGUAGCAGCAAACGCGACUCUCUUUGGGAUAUUACUUCAGAGGUGUGGCAGCAGCUUUACAAUGCAGACUUGACUGUCAGCGGUUCUGGUUUUGGAACAGCUUUCACCUCAUUAGAACCACGAAUGUCUCCGCCUGUAUCUGCUUCUCCUCUCUUCAUUUUACAGACAAGAGCUACUUAACAUUGCAUCGCAGAUGAGAACUAUUUCUCCAGUCACCCCGUGAAUGUAGGAUACAGUUAUAUGCUCUUACUCACACCUGAGGAGUCACUUUAUAUUUGUAGAUUUUCCUUCUACGUAGCCAUUAAUGGAAGGGAAAUGUUCUGACCAGCACACACAUAAAAGGCCUCGGUUGAGUUAGAAACAUAGAGGUCUUGUAUGUGUCUGCGCGUGUGCAGAUGCAGCUUUAAAUAGAUGAGUGGGCCCAUUUGAGAGCAUCACGAGUGUUUUCUUCCAUUACUGCUGAAGCAGGAGCAUCUCUUUAAGCAAAGAAGGCACUUCCCUGCUUUUGGCCAGCUUGAUUUAGUGGCAAGAGAUCCACAGCUCUACGUACAGCACAGUGUUUACCUUCUUUCUGUUCCUCAUUUAUAUUUCAGGGCUAUGCUGCUCUGUAUGAUCUUACGUGUACGUCACUACUAAUGCAAAGUGUUAAAGGGCCAUUAACAGGACUGAGCUGUUUUUGUUCUUCUCUGUCAGAGAGACGUCUGUUGUCAAUCCUUGAGUUUAUUUUUUUGGAGAGAGGUGAUCACACAAAGACCAAUUCCUUGUAAUAUUAGUAGUGACGCUACUGUUAAAUGUAGUAUUUAAUAACAGCACUAUUUACGAUCAGAAAAAUGAACUAGAGUGUGUUAUUGUGCUUGAUAGCUUCGGAGGCAGAUGGCCAUUUUUUUUCUUUUCUUUUUUUUGUAACUGAAUUCUUUAACGUAAGCCACUCCCCCUCGACUGUGCGAGGAAUUUCAUUUGUUCUGAGGUUGCUAAGUGACAUGAUCUCACGAUUGACACAACCUUUUUAUUUUUUCUUCCUCUCGUUCUGCUUUUUUUCUAAAAGAGAGAUCUUGAUUUUUUUUUUCUCCUUCAUUUCAUUUUAGAUUUUAGAAAGGGAAAGAAUACAAAUGAAAUAAAUCAGAAUAUUAAUUCAAUCACUUUUUCUACUCCUAUUUUCAAUAAAAAGUGAAAGAAAAAACCAAACAAAAAGUUGAUUUGUAAAUAAGUAAUGUACAGUUUGUAUCUGUAACUUGUCAGUCUGUCAUUGGUGACAGAGUCUGUCUUGCUUAUAACGCACGCUACAAGUAAAUAAAAAAGGAAAAAGUAUAUUUAGACUGUAUGGUCCCUUGAAAGCAAGUUUUAAAUUAAUAUCUGAUGUAUAUUCCUGUAACAUUGCAUUUUUAUCUGAGGAAUGAUGUUAUUAAAAAAUUGCAAAUAAAUUGCAUUUCCUACA